AUGGGCAAGGAGCCCCUCACUCCCUGGAAGAAAUUGGAACUGCUGCUUGUCCAUUGGCCUCUAUUUGCAAAUAGUUUACUAAGUGUCAUGCAAACUCUACUGGAUCAAACACGCCAGGAUGAAAUGCUUAUUAUAGGAUGCCAGUCUCUUUUUGACUUCGUCAACAAUCAGAAAGAUGGAACUUACAUGUUUAACUUAGAAGGAUUUAUUCCAAAACUCUGUCAGUUAUCUCAAGAAGCGGGAGAAGAUGAAAGGACAAAGCAUCUACGUUCAGUUGGGCUGCAAGCACUUUCUGCACUGGUGGGUCAUCCGCUGGUGCAAUUGUGGUGGGGCAGAGACUUCCAUUGUCUUCCAUCAAAUGGUGAUGCAGACAUGGGUAAAGAUACUUCAACUGGUGAGAUGAACAUCUUGCGUGCUAGUAUUGUGGUGACUGCCCAAAACGCCACGUAUGAUCCUAGCUAUUGCGCAUGGAAUAAACCAAAAGAUCAUUCACAGCUCCGAGACACUGACUACUCUCUGUCUCUGUGCAAGUCCAUCGCGAUUGUUUCAGUCGUAUUAGAAAAUUAUGGCAGUCCAUCUAAAGAGUCCAACAACCCCAACCAGAGCAGAUGGGUGCAAGAAGUGCUUAAAGUUGAGGGUCAUGUCUCUCCUGCUCCAGAGUUCACGAUGAAGGUUCCCUCUUGGAGGACAAUUGUGAAUGAAAAGGGCGAAGUAAAUGUGACAGAGUAA